GAUUUGAGUUACAUGAUAGUUAUUAACUCUUUUGUACAUGUAAUGAUGUAUCAAUUGAUUUUUUAGAAGAGGAGAUGUAAUAACAGAAAUCUUGAUAAUGAUACAGACAUAUACAUAACCAGUGGGAAAGUUAUCAUUUCAGAGGUUGCUCCACGUACGGAAAAAAGUAUAAAUGGAAGAAAAUUUUUAAAACAACAAUAAAAAGUGAUAGACUUAUUAUCACGACAGCAUUAUGAGUAAAACACCCCCAACACAGUUAAAACCACCAGAAUGUUCUCAGUGUGGGGGGAAGGCAGAAUACUACUGCAGGACAUGUAAACAAGAUUUAUGUGUACCAUGUAAGGAGGAACAUGUGAUAGACUUUGACACUAAACACCACGAUGUUGUGAUUGAUCGCUUAAAGUAUGGAGACAUUAUGUUACUAGAGACUUGUGAGAGACACCCAAACAUGACCUGUGAAAUGUGGUGCCUUUUAUGUAAGCUUCCUAUUUGUUCUUACUGUGUAGAGCACAGAAGUCAUGUACCCCAGGAUAUAAAAUUGGUGUAUAAAAUUCAUCAAAAACAAUACCAGCAAAGAAUUGUUCUUGUUAAAAGUGAAACCAUGCUGCAUAAUCUUGGUAUUCAGUCAGGAAUAAAUUCUGAUUUCAGAUCAUGUCAAACAGAAAUCUCCAAACUCCAGAAAAAUAUGAAAAUCAAAGCUGAAAGACUGAAAGAUCAGAUAGAUAUAAUACUGGAAGAUGUCAUGGAGGACUUCAGGGCAAAACUAAAAUGUUACUUCAACUCUGAACAGAAAGAAAAAAGGAGACACAUCAGAUCCAUACAACAACGUGUACACAGAUCUGAAGUGUUAGCAAACAGAGCGAUACAGUUUCUUUUAUUCUUUAAGAAAACCAAUGUUUUCAAUAUCAAUGACACUCUCAGUACAUCAAUAAAAAUAGGCCAAUCUCUGGGUAAGGAAAUCAACACAGAUGAUGUUUUUAAUGGCCUGGGAGGUAUCCAAAUUACAGAGACCAGAAAAAGAGAUGUAAGAAAUGAUCAGAUAUUUAAAGUGAUGUCUCCACCAAUAUUACAGAAAACUUUCACGGUAAAAAGUAAGUCGUUUAUGUCUAAUUUUAUUGGUCAUAUUUCCUGUGUAACACCAGACACUGCUUGGGUCAGCAGUUGGAACGAUUUAAGCUUGACAGAUACAUCGGGUGAAAGUUUAUAUUAUCUUGACAUUAAAUAUAUCGACAUACUCAAGGAUGGUGUACACACAGUGACUAGAGAAGGCAAUCUUGUAUACAUAGAUACCUAUUACAAAAUACACAAACUCUCGUUGAACAAUGAUAAAAAGUCUACAUUAAGGAUGAUAGCAGAACCUUGGAAACCAAACUGUCUCUACUGCUCUCCCUUAAAUGGAGAUUUUCUUAUUGGGAUGAUGAGACAGGAUACAAAUAAAGCCAAGGUAGGACGGUACAACAAUUAAGGACAUAAACUCCGACAUAACCAAGAUCAGGAAUUGUACGAUAAUCCCAGAUACAUCACAGAAAACCUAAAUGGAGAUGUGAUUGUUUCUGAUUUGAAUAAAGAUGACUCUGGUUUAGGUGUUGUUGUGGUGACAGACUCUAUUGGAAAACAUCGCUUCUCCUACACAGGAAAUCCAACCACAUCGGUGUUUAGACCAUAUGGAAUUUGUACAGAUGCCCUGUCCCACAUCCUAUUUUGUGAAUCAUACAGCAGGAGCAUACAGAUGAUUGACAAGGACGGUAAGUUCCUGGCAGUGCUGCUGACAGAAGAACAAGGAUUAAAGGAUCCAUACACCAUAAGCUAUGAUCACAAAUCACAUCUUCUCUGGGUCGGGUCAUGGCGAGACACUGUAAUCCGUAUUUACAGACAUAUACAGAGGCAUGAAUAUCUUACAGACUCGAAUGGCUCCGCCUCAAGUGGAUUGGUCAUGUGAGAAUGGAAGAUUCUGAAAGAAAUAAUGUUUAUAUUUAACAUGAUCUUUUGUAUGAAUAGAUUUUGUGU